AUGAAACGAAGACGUUGCUGCCUUUGCUCCAAGAACGCUUUGCGAACCGUGCCAACAAAUAUCACCAUACUCGGAACAGAAAAGUCCAAUGCAACACCUUUGCUAUGCAAUACACAUUACAACAAUAUCAAUAAUUUUAAAAACACCCACCACAUCAGCAACCCUGUUACCAUUGAAAUUCAAAAACAACCAAAAGGAGUGAAAGAUAUCAUUUCAAUCGUUACCGAUAAAUUCGGUCAAUGCAAACAUUCCGACAACAAGUGCUGUAGUAAUUGCAAAGAAGGUAAUACGCGAUGUAAAGGCAUCUCUUUCGAAAAAGUGAGCCAUUUAUUAACAGUAUUGGGAAUCAUAUCACACAAUGGCCACAGCUUCGGAAGUGUGAAUUUCAAUCAUCAUGGCGAAUUUUGUUUUUUUAGUGUAGACUGCAAUAAUUGCAAUCUCAACAAAUAUGGAGUUUGUGAAAAAUGUUAUGAAUGCUAUGAAACAAAAUUACGCCAUUAUCAGCGAACAAUUGAAAACCAAAAUACCAAAACAGCUCACCUCGCUGCAAGAACACAAGAAUACAAAAAUGUCAUCAAAUCAUUGAAGGCAAAAAUCUCUCGACGAGAUACUACAAUUAAGAAUUUCGAAGAAUUAAUUGAAGAAAAAGAUCAAAAACAUUAUUUGGUAGAACUUCUCUCGAUUGCGCUAGAGGAAGGAAAGUUACAUGAAACCCAGUUCUUUUAUCAAUUAUUAGAAAAUACUUUGCAAAAUUUGGUUUCGUCGAAAAAUGUUAACAGUUUUCGAUACAAAGAGUGUAUCAUUCAUUGGUGUUUAUUACUUCGAUUUUAUGGUGGCUCUCUUUUGUGGAAUAUUUUGAAAGGAAAUUCUCCCGGUGAAACUAUAACAUCUGAAAACGCAUUGGAUAAGCUUAAUUUAUUGCUUCCAUCUAUCUCAACAAUUAAGAGCUAUCUUCCGGACUUGUCUUUUGGAAAACUUGCUGACAAUGAUUUGAAAGAUGUUGUUAAAGCCAUGGCAAUGAAUAUUAGUAACAAGAUCAUAAUUUCAUAUGAUGAAAUAGAAAUUAGAGGAGGGUUAUGUGUGAUGAAAAGCACUGGAAAAGUGAUUGGAUUUACUAAAGUUUUAAAAUCAAUCAGCUGA